GCUUGCGCCGCCGUACGGGAGGGCGGAAGGCCCCCGCGGUCCGCGGAAGAGAGAGCGAGCGCACUGGAACGCCGCCAUGCUCGUGCGCAAGCGCAACCGCAACCGCAACCGGAUUGCGGAACCUCCGAACCGGGGUUCGUAACAUCGCGGAGGUGGUCAGUAUCUGAAAUAACGACAACCCCCAAGAACAAGAACAAGAACAUUUGUCCUUUUCAAUUCUCCCUCCUCUGAAUCCAGUUGAGCUUGAAAUUUUGCACAACGCUUCAACAAUUCAAUCCGUACCUUCAAACUUUUUUACCGAAUUUUUUGUGGCUAUUUUGGGUCCUGCCAUCGGCGGGGAGAUGGUUUGGGGUGGUCGGUUGAGAUAACGACCACCCCAUGAACAUUUGUCCUUUUGACUCUCCCUCCUCCGAAUGCGUUUGAGCAUGAAGAUUUGCAUGAUGCCGCUCUAUUGUAUUUGCUACAUGUUUGUUAUUUUACUAGAUUUUUUUGCGGUGAAAUCAGAUCGUGGGGUGGUCGUUAUUGGAAACAACGACCGCCCCCAAGAACAUCUCUUUUUCAUUCUUCCCUUUGCUGAAUCCGUUCGAGCUUGGGAUUUUGUAGGGUGCUGCGCCAAUGGGGCGAUCCCCUUAGCUACCAGUUUUUUUCUUUAGAAUUUCAGGAAUUGCGUGCGUCUCCUGCGGCUGCGGGGGAGCUUCUGAAGAAACGGCCGCACUCUCCGCCACGGCCUCGACCUCUCGGAUCUUGUACUGUGCAGCUCUGCCCGUGCUGUUUAGCUCCACCAAAAGGCCCUCGGUGAUAUCGCCGACGGCGGAGAACCAAAGGGGCUAGGCUCGCUUCUCGGGGUCGGUGGCGACGUCCCAUGCUUGGAGAAGGGCGGCCAUGAGCCGCCAUAUGCCGUCCGCGAGGCCCUGCAGCUGGUCGGGCGACGGAGAUUGGCAAAGGGAACACAGAGCGCGCGCGUCCAGGGGAGCUGACCGUGCUCGGCACGAGUAGGCAGUGGCCCGCGUGAAGUUGUCUCGCGGAUCGGAGUAGGCAGCGGAGAUGCUCGUCGGCCGGCUCUCGUCAGUACUGUCGUCGGCGUCCCUUUCCUGCGCUGUGGGCUAGGGCUACGCACUACUGUCCACUGGAUGGUGCUCACGGCUCAGUGAACAGUGGUGCUGUAGGCUGUAGCGGGUGGCAUCGAGAGAUGAUUGGCCGGGCCUCACGUCUCCUGCCCUUGCUCGUGCACGGGAUACAGGUCUUCGUCAACUCAGUCGAGUCGUCGGCGUCCGGAUGACUUGAAUCUGGGCUCGUCUCGCUCAUCUGGCCUCCUCUCUGCAAUCAGAUCGAUCAAACCGGAAGGACAACCAGAAUCUACUGUCGCAGCUCCAGCUCCAGCUCCAGCUCCGCUCCGGCUUCCCGAUCCUCCCAUGGCGUGCCGCGGCGAGAGGCUCGUCGACGACCUGCGCGACUUCCUCGACGACUUCGCGUUCAGGGCUAAGCGGCUUGCCGCCCCGCUGCUGCAGCCGUUCGGGCCCUCUUCCGAGCCGAGCGCCGUCGGUGAUGGCGAGCUCGACAAGCUGAAAUCCAAGCUCAAGCGCAUCCGCGCCACGCUCCGGGCCGCCGAGGACCGCGUGGUGACCGACGACUUCGUCGCGCUGUGGCUGCGGGAGCUCAGGGACCUGGAGCACGCGGCCGAGGACGUGCUCGAGGAGCUCGAGUUCGAGGCGCUCCGCGCGGCCCGCCUCGAGCGGUUCAAGGCCCAGCUCCUCCGCUCCAGCGCCGGCAAGCGGAAGCGUGAGAUCAGUUUGAUGUUCCCCUCUUCCCCCGAUCGCCUCAAAUGCAAGAUCGACAAGAUCAUGGAGCGGUACAACGAGAUUGCAAGGGACAGGGACGCUCUCCGGCUGAGAAGCAGCGAUGGGGAGAGACGGCAGGAGGUCAGCCCCAUAACGCCCACCAGCUGCUUGAUGAAAUGCCGGCUUCAUGGAAGGGAGCGGGACAAGAGGCGGGUCAUGGAGCUGCUCUUAUCUGACGAAGCUAACUGCUGCAGUGUGUAUUCCGUCGUGCCUGUUGUUGGGCCGGCCGGUGUUGGGAAGACCAGUCUCGUUCAACACAUCUACAAUGAAGAGGCCAUCAGCUCAAAGUUUGACAUAAAAAUGUGGGUCUGGGUGUGCCAAGAGUUCGAUGUCUUGAAGCUAACACGGAAACUCGCUGAAGAGGCUACGGUGUCUCCUUGCGGCUUUGCUGAGGUGAACCAGAUGCAUCGUGUCAUCACUAACCGGCUGAAGGGGAAGCGGUUCUUGCUUGUUCUUGACGAUGUAUGGGAUGAGAGCGGAGACCACUGGGCGAGCUUGCAGGUGCCUCUGAAAUGUGCUGCGCCUGGGAGCCAAAUAAUGGUGACAACUAGAAGUACUAAAGUUGCCAAGGCGAUGGCUUCGAAGAUACACCAAUUGGGGUACCUGUCUGAUAAUAACUGCUGGUCUGUGUGCCAAGAUGCUGCCUUGCGAGGCCGUGAUCCCAGUAUUCUUGAUGAUAGUCUUAUUUCUAUUGGUAAAUCGAUUGCAGCCAGGUGCAGUGGCUUGCCUGUGGCUGCAAAUGCAGUUGGCAAUGUUUUAUCCAGUGCAAUUGAUAGAAAUCAUUGGGAGGCUGUUGAGCAGAGGGAUUUGUGGAACAGCGAAGUGGUUGGGCAGAUUCUUCCUGCUCUUCUGGUGAGCUACAAUAGCUUGCAGAAGCACUUGAAACGCUGCUUUUCAUAUUGCUCAUUAUUUCCAAAAGAGUAUUUGUUUAGAAAAGACAAGCUGGUCCGUCUAUGGUUGGCACAAGGCUUUGUUGAAGCAGACAGAGAACGCCAUGCUGAAGAUAUUGCUUGCGAGUAUUUUGAUGACCUUGUGGAGAAGUUUUUUCUUCAGAGAUCACCAUAUAAUGAAGAGAGGUAUGUCAUGCAUGACCUCUAUCAUGAGCUUGCUGAAUAUGUAUCCUCCAAAGAGUAUUCCAGAAUGGAGAAAGCUACAUUCUGCAAUGUAGAUGAAGAUGCUCGCCACUUAUCUUUAGCUCCAAGUGAGGAUCCCAAUGAAAUAAUGCAAUUUUAUGCGCUCCAUAACCAAUAUAUGAAGGAAUUUCAUAUCCCUGGUCUGCGAACAUUGCUGGUUGUUCGAAAAGAUGAACCCAAGGAUGAUGGAAACACUUUGCGCAUAAACUUCCCAAGUGACCUGUUGAAGCCUUUUGUGUCAUUAAGGGCUUUGGACUUGAGUAAUACUGAUAUAAAAUGCCUACCACGCUCUAUUGGGGAAUUGAUACACCUUAGGUACCUCAGUCUUGAGAAUACCAAAAUCAAGUGCCUGCCAGAGUCAAUAAGUGCCCUAUUCAAGUUGCAUACAAUGAACCUCAAAUGUUGCGAGUGGCUUGGUGAAUUGCCUCUGGGAAUCAAAUUCCUCACUAAUCUAAGGCAUCUCGAACUCCCAUCCAUGGAUAACUGGAAUGUUUACAUGCCACGUGGAAUUGGUGAAUUAACAAACCUCCAAACAAUGCACAUGAUCAAGGUCGGAAGUGAUUCAGGCUCCUGUGGGAUUGCUGACUUGGUCAACUUGAAUAAGCUUAAGGGGGAGUUGUGCAUCUCAGGAAUAGAGAACGUGACAAGUGCACAAAUUACUCCUGAAGCUAGCAUCAGGAACAAAGGUGAAUUGCGUAAGUUAAUACUCCUCUGGUCUUGCAUUGACUCCAUGUUUGCUGAUGAGGCAUCAUCUGUGUUGGAUAGUCUUCAACCUCACCCUGAUCUGGUGGAACUCAUUAUCAGGGGCUUUUCUGGUGUCAGAUUUCCUUUAUGGCUGGGGGAUCAGUAUAUGUUUAGCUUAUCCAUUGUAGAGCUGAAAGAUUGUCGGAAUUGUAAAAAGCUGCCAUCUCUUGGUCGAUUACCUUGUCUCAAACAUCUUUCAAUCAAUUCACUGACCAGCAUAAAGCACGUGGGACGAAUGUUUUCUUGCUAUGACGAAACUAGCUGCAGUGAUUGUAGAUCCAGCACCAGCAGAUCCUUUCCUACAUUGGAGACACUGAAGUUCACUAACAUGGACUCCUGGGAGCAAUGGGAUGAAACUGAGGCCACAGAUUUCCCUUGUCUUCAGCACCUCACCAUUAUGAGAUGUAGCAAACUGAGGGGGUUGCCCAAGGUUCAGGCACUGCAAAAUCUUCGGAUAAAAAAUUGUGAGAAUCUACUCGAUUUGCCUAGUUUCCCAUCCCUCCAAUGUAUCAAAAUUGAGGGUUUCUGCAGUGUUAGCCAUAUACUGCAACUACCUAUAUUUUCUCAUCUUGAGACGUUAGAACUCCGUUGUAACAAGAAACUCAUAUCAGUGAAAAAGGUACAAAAUUUUGUCACUCUUCACAGUUUGAGAUUGAAGAAAGAACAUAAGAUUUCAGGGUGUCAAGUGUUGCCUUUCCAGAAUCUGUCUGUUCAAGAUAGUCAGAAAACUUGGACGUUUUUAAGGUGUGCCGGAGGAAUACUAGAAUGUAAUUGCAACUUUGUUGCAUGUACUGAUCUUGCCUUCGGACAAACCAAUGUCCCACCUUCUGAAGCGGAAAUCAGCAAAGAUGUAUCAUUCCAUGCUGGGCAACCUGAAGACGUCGAGCUUGUAUCCUGCAAUCCAGUUUGGAUUCAAAUGGGCCAGCCGGAGGAGAUUGAGCUUGUUUGCAUACGCUAAUUGACCAAAGAUAGUGAAAUCAGCGUGAUAGACAAAUCAGGAUCUUAAGGUGCUACUGCUAACACCUGGAUAACGCAGGUCAAAUCAGGGUCUUCAGAAGCUAAUACAGUGAGUAAUCCACGCUCAAGUUUUUGCAAUCUUAGAUGGGAAUUCUGGUCUGCCAAUGUCGUAUGCUAAGUAACAUCAAACAAACUCAGCUGGUAUCGAGGUUCCUGUAUCUGGUAUAUUUCCUCUUAAUACUGUAUGUACGUUCUGAUAUUUCAGCCACACACACAUAUAUAUAUCUUGUAAUGAAGAGAA